AUGGCCAACGCCAAUGGGACCGAUACCCCCGUGGCCAAUGGCUCCAAACGCUCUCUUCCCUUCUUCCGCAGGUCGUCGCCAGACCGGCCCAUUGCUCGCCGGCGCGAUUCCACUGUCCACUGGCACCGCGGCGUCCGGUCCUUCUUGUACCUAAUAGCUUGGAUCUUCUUGGUGCUGGUCGUGAUCGCCAACCUCGCCAACAAGCCCGUCCUCCGCAACACCUACUUCCUCUACCUCGACCUCUCCAACAUCAUCCCCGUCUCCGUGCCCAAUGCCGUCCUGAUCAAUUCCAUCGCUCGUACGAUCGGAUUGCACGAUUUCUACCAGGUCGGCUUGUGGAACUUCUGUGAGGGUUACAAUGAUGAGGGCAUCACGCAUUGCUCGAAGCCGGAGACCCUAUACUCGUUCAAUCCGGUCAAGAUCUUGCUCAAUGAGUUGUUGGCCGGCGCAACUAUCGCUCUGCCGUCGAACAUCUCCAAACCAUUGCAUCUGGCCAAGAUCGCCUCCCAGUGGAUGUUCGGCCUGUUCCUCGCAGCGGCAGUGUUCACCUUUGUCAUGAUCUUCAUCAGCCCGCUGGCCGUCUCGUCGCGGCCUCCGCAAACCAUCAAAACCUGGGCGAAGGCCAUGGAUGGCAACGGUGCGCCCAUGGGCCCCCCACCUCAUCGCCGCCGCACCUUCGUCCUACUCCGCUCGCUGCCUUUGCUUAUCUUGAGCUUCUUCACCGCCCUCUUCACGAUUGUCGGCUCCGCCAUUGCGACAGUCAUGUGGAUCAUCUUCGCCAACGUCUUUGCGAACGCAGACCCCAGUCUCAACAUCAAGGCGCACGUUGGUAUCCAGAUGUUCGUGUUCAUGUGGAUUGCCUCGGCGUUCAACUUCAUUGCCUUUAUCGUGCAGUUCGGUUCCUGCUGUGCAUCCUGUUGCGGCGGCCAUAAGGCCAGGAAGCAGCUCAAGAGGCAGGGCGUGGACUGGCACGAGAAGGGCUCUCCCUAUCGUGACACCGAGGGGCAUUCCCACCCCCACACUCCAGACCACCCUGGAACAGCAGAAGAUCCGACUCGUGCUCCGGUCAACGCGGAACCUCACGCUCUCACCUCCUGA